AUGGUGCCCGGAACCUUUACAAAGCAACCUAUGAAGGGGCUCUAUACACUUAUCUUCAUUGCCGACAAAUUAGUCCGUCUUCCACUACUGAUGAUCCUCUACAUCAUACCAUCGUUCCGUCAACACAGUCGAUAUGGCUACACAAAAGCUAUCAUCGUAAAGGCGUUCAAUUGGUACUUACACGACGCAGGUGUCGUGGAGGUGAAAGUGCAUCGGACUCUCGCGCCAGGUAGAGAGGGUAAUAGAUUCGUAACGAUCAAGCCCUCAUCCGAGUAUCCCGGCAUAUUGUCCCAGGAUCCAGCCAUUGUACCCACCAACAUUGGAGCUGUCUGGUAUCCCGAUGUACCCAGCGCAGCAGAUCUUCAAAAACUUGUAGUCCUCCACAUCCACGGAGGUGCAUUCCUACUUGGGAGCGCCCGAAUAGCCGAUGCAGGAACAGGCUGUAAUAGGCUCAGCAAGAACUUUGGCAAUGCUCCGGUCUUCGCGCUGGAUUAUCGACUGGCCAAUGAACCAGGUGGUAAAUUCCCAGCUGCGCUUCAAGACUCGGUCACUGCGUACCGCUAUCUCUUGGAAGAUCUGAACGUUGACCCGCGUCGAAUCAUGGUGUCUGGAGACUCUGCUGGAGGUCACCUUGCUAUUACACUACUCAGAUACAUCGUAGAGACCCCUGCUGCAAACCUCCCAUCUCCUGCAGCAGCACUUCUCUGGUCUCCAUGGGUAGACAUGGUCGACACAUUCGAAAGGCCAAACACCGACAAAGAUCUCAUUCCGGACGCAUUGAUACAGUGGAGUUUACGCGAGCUUCCUACAGAGACGUUUCCGCCAGAGCACCCGUAUAUGUCGACUAUUCGACAUCCGUUCAAGACAGUGACACCAAUGUGGAUGUGUGCAGGAGCCACGGAGAGACAUUACUUUCGGCAAGUUAGGUUUGCGUCGAAAAUGACGAGGAUAGCAGAGAACGAUGUUGGAUUCUAUGGGAUUCCGGAUCUCCCACAUGGUUUCUUCCCAGCGCCCACGAAUGAUAUCGACCUGGCCUAUGUCGAUGCUCAAAAGUUUGUUAGUGAAUACGUAGAAUUUUGA